CUUUUUUGAACCUCGGCAUGAUGUAGGUGAUUACCGAUUGUUACAUUCUCACAAUCGCGACCUCGCAUCUUUACUCGAGUAUUCAAUAGAUAGAUAUAUUGAUCUCAUCCGAUAAUACUUCUCUACCUUCAGUCUAUAUCCCUAUCUCAAUAUUCAAUCAUACACCAUGUCCACCACCACUCCCCUCUUUACCCUCCCCAUACCCAUAUCCUCCCCCCUCCAAUCCCAACCCGGCACCCUAACCUGUACCACACCCUCCCCUGCGCACCCGAAUCUUUACCUCCUCACCUUCUCUUCGCCCCCAGAUAAUCGUCUCACCACUACUUUCUGCCAAACUUUCAUGCACGCCCUCGAUAUCCUCGAAGUCUCCUAUCCCGUCGGUGCCGUCUGUAUCACUUCUGCUAUUCCCAAAUUCUUCUCCAAUGGUUUAGAUUUGAAUCAUGCUACCGAGGUUAAAGGAUUUUGGGACAAGAGCCUCUAUGCGCUCUGGAAGAGGCUGUUGACUUACCCCAUGCCCACUAUCUCCCUCCUCCCCGGCCAUGCAUUUGCUGGCGGCCUCAUGACCGCCAUGUACACCGACUACCGCGUUUUCAACCCAAGCCGGGGCUUUCUCUGUCUCAACGAGCUUGAAUUUGGCGCGCCUCUUAAACCCCCCAUGUCCUCCAUAUUCCGCCAAAAACUCCCUUCUCCCUCUACCUACCGCUCCCUCGUUCUAGAAGCAAAACGUUUCAAUGGCGAAGCAGCGCUCCAAGGAGGACUUGUAGAUGUAUUAGGUGGAUGGGAAGAAGUGUUAAAGCUAGUUGAUGACUGCAAAUUAUUGGAGAAAGGAAAGACUGGUGUUUAUGGCGUGUUGAAGGCGGAGAUGUGGAGAGAGACUUUGGGAUAUUUGGAAGGGCACGCACAGAACGAAGAAAGGGACGGAGUGAAUAUGGAUAGAGAAGUUAAGAGGAAAGAAGAGGCUGCGGGUAGAGUUGCUGAGUGGGAGAAGCAAGCAAAGAAGACGUCGAAAUUAUAGAAAAAUGAUGUUUUUAUAUGUAGCAAGCAAUUGUAUACGCCGAAAGGUAUCACUUGACCACUCCGUGGUCUUCCGAACAAUACUGUAAUAAUA